AUGAAAAUCCUGCAGGCGAAUAUAAAUCAUUGCCGUUUAGCACACGACAUGCUGUUAGUUAGUGCUACAGAGAAGAUUGCAGAUCUGGUAGUGGUGGCUGAGCCGUACACCAUACCGGACAACUGGUUUAGUGACACCACGGGUAGAGCGGCAAUAUUUAUCACCAAUACAGGCUUGGCCAAGUGCAAGCAGACCACAAUUGUUGGUUGUGGAAUUGGCUACGUUGGUAUUAGCUUUAAUGGACUGGGAAUUAUAAGCGUUUAUACCACCCCGAAUGCAAAUCCCCAGGAGGUUGAAGUACAGUUCUCGGCGUUGGAAGCCCUGGUGAGGGAUUUACAGUCAUCGCACUCUAAAAUACUGAUGUUAGGGGAUUUUAAUGCUAAAUCCCCGCUGUGGGGCGCAGAUAGGUGGUGUGGGAGGGGAAAGGUCCUGUUCCAAUUGGCCACGAGCCUUGGUCUCCACCCAACGAUUGCGGUGGGAGGUGCUACAUGCGAGAGAGGGGGUGGGUCCGUCGUGGACAUCAUGCUGGGGAAUGACCUGGCACUCAGCCCUCACAUAUCGUCAGAAGUAAGUGACGAAUUUACAGGAUCUGACCAUAGGUAUGUAUGGCACUCGUUUAGGGAGAGUGACUCGGUGUACGCGGUAGAUCACGACCUUUUUGACCUUGGAAAGGGCAAAAUCGACGAGGAAAGGCUCCUUGCGGCGUUAAUUAAAAAAUAUGGCGACGAAAGCCUCGAGAGAAGGGGAAGGACCGGCACCACACACGAAGUGGACAAAUUUAUUGAAGACUUGGAGAGGCUGGUUAAUCGUUACACUACCUAUAGAAGGGCGACAUUGAGGGCCCAUAAGCCAGCUUACUGGUGGAAUGACGCCGUAGCUGUGAAGAGAAAAGAGGUUAAUAAAGCCAGGAGGAAGUAUACCCGGGCAAGGGCUAAGAACGUGACAGCGGAUACUGAGGCCGCUUAUGCAAUAUAUAAAGCAGCUAAGAAGGCCCUGAAUAGGGAGGUUAAUAAGGCGAAGAAAACCAACUGGAGGGAACUGUUAAGCGAGAUUGAUAAGGACAUAUGGGGGCGGCCCUACAAGACAGUUAUGAAGAAGUUAAAGGGCAAGACGACUAAGCCUGACGUGAUGUGUCCUGAGGAAGUAGAAGCGGUUGUGGAAAAGCUGUUCAUAUUGAAACCACCCGACGGGCAAUUACCUGUAAAUAAAGGGUUAGAGAUCAAUUCAGUAGAGACUGCUGGGGUUGGAUACUUACAUGACUCAUCGUACUUACCUGCGGGUGAGAGUGGGCGGAGGCUACCUGAAAUUGGAGAAGAAGGGGAAGAAGUAGGUGGAGAUAGGGAAGGAGGAGUUGCUGAGGAGGUAUCUACACAUUCAUACGCACAUACAUACAUACAUACACUUGCACACGUACACACACAUCCACAGUCGCACUCACCGGUAUACUUACCUGCGCCAAGUUCCGAAACUGGAUCGGGAAUCGAGCGAGAUAGGAGAGGGCAGAACUUCUCCGAGGGCCCACAAACAACGAGCGAGGUGGACAAGGUUACCCCGGGUGAAGUGUAUUUACUGGCAAAGAGGUUAUCCGCUAAAAAGGCCCCGGGUCCGGAUAAAAUUUCAUCAGCGGUGACGAAGAAAUUCGCCAUGGGAGCCUCCAGGUGGCUGGCGCACAUAUUCACCACCUGCUUCAGGAGGGGCUAUUGGCCUGUUAGAUAUAAUGUUCGCGAGGCGUGUUCGAUCACGGUUCUGGGAUAA